AUGUUAAAUCAGAGAAUCCGCCCGGGCUUGCUUGUCCUCCUCACCCUCUGCCUCUGUCAUUACAUGGAAGAUCACAUCGUGCACGCUGGGAACUGCUGGCUUCAGCAAUCCAAGAACGGCCGCUGCCAGGUCCUCUACAGGACGGAUCUGACCAAGGAAGAGUGCUGCAAGACUGGGAGGCUGGGCACCUCGUGGACAGAGGAAGAUGUACCCAACAGUACCCUCUUCAAAUGGAUGAUCUUCAAUGGAGGGGCGCCACACUGCAUCCCCUGCAAAGAGACGUGUGAGAAUGUGGACUGUGGUCCUGGAAAGAAGUGCAAGAUGAACAAGAAGAACAAGCCGCGCUGUGUGUGCGCCCCAGACUGCUCCAACAUCACCUGGAAGGGUCCUGUCUGUGGCCUGGAUGGCAAGACCUACAAGGACGAGUGCGCCUUACUCAAGGCCAAAUGUAAAGGAGUGCCCGAAUUGGAUGUGCAAUACCAAGGCAAAUGUAAAAAGACCUGCAGAGACGUGUUAUGUCCUGGGACGUCCACCUGCGUGGUGGAUCAAACCAAUAAUGCAUAUUGUGUGACUUGUCACCUCAACUGCCCGGAACCCACCUCGGCUGACCAGUACCUGUGUGGCAAUGAUGGCAUAACCUAUGCCAGUGCAUGUCACUUGAGGAAGGCCACCUGCCUGCUAGGCAGAUCUAUUGGGUUGGCGUAUGAGGGAAAAUGCAUCAAGGCCAAGUCAUGUGAAGACAUCCAGUGCAGCGUGGGCAAGAAAUGUCUAUGGGACAGUAGAGUGGGGAGAGGACGCUGCGCCACGUGUGACGAUAUCUGUCCAAACAGCAAGUCUGAUGAAGCGGUUUGUGCCAGUGAUAACACCACCUACCCAAGCGAGUGCGCCAUGAAACAGGCAGCCUGCUCCUUGGGGAUACUUUUGGAAGUCAAACACAGCGGAUCUUGCAACUGUAAGUGA